AGAAGGAGACACGCACGCUGGCUGCUCCAUGCGGGGAGGCGUGGGACGCUUCGGCGGUGUGGUCUAGCGGCUCCGAGGAAGGCGGGCGUGUGUGCGCUCCCGCUUCCCCGGCCUAGCGAGUGGGCCGUCGGUGGCCGAGAGGUUCGGGGUUUGCAGCGGCGUAAGAGCUCGCGGCUAGCCGCGCCCCGGCCUCACCAUGUUGGUCCUGUUUGAAACGUCGGUUGGCUACGCCAUCUUUAAGGUUCUGAAUGAGAAGAAACUUCAAGAGGUUGACAGUUUGUGGAAAGAAUUUGAAACUCCAGAGAAGGCCAAUAAAAUAGUAAAGCUAAAACAUUUUGAGAAAUUUCAGGAUACAGCAGAAGCAUUAGCAGCAUUCACAGCUCUGAUGGAGGGUAAAAUCAAUAAGCAGCUGAAGAAAGUUCUGAAGAAAAUAGUAAAAGAAGCCCAUGAACCUCUGGCUGUGGCUGACGCUAAACUAGGAGGGGUGAUAAAGGAAAAACUGAAUCUCAGCUGUAUCCACAGUCCUGUUGUUAAUGAGCUUAUGAGAGGAAUUAGAUCACAAAUGGAUGGCUUGAUUCCUGGGGUGGAACCACGGGAGAUGGCAGCCAUGUGUCUUGGACUGGCUCACAGCCUGUCUCGAUACAGAUUGAAAUUCAGUGCUGAUAAAGUAGACACAAUGAUUGUUCAGGCAAUUUCCUUAUUAGAUGACUUGGAUAAAGAACUAAACAACUACAUUAUGCGGUGUAGGGAGUGGUAUGGCUGGCACUUCCCCGAAUUAGGGAAAAUUAUUUCAGAUAAUUUGACAUACUGCAAGUGUUUACAGAAAGUUGGCGACAGGAAGAACUAUGCAUCUGCGACUCUCUCUGAAUUGCUGUCAGAGGAGGUAGAAGCAGAGGUGAAAGCAGCCGCAGAGAUAUCUAUGGGAACAGAGGUUUCCGAGGAAGAUAUUUGCAACAUUCUGCAUCUGUGUACCCAGGUGAUUGAAAUUUCUGAGUAUAGAACUCAGCUGUAUGAGUAUCUGCAAAAUCGCAUGAUGGCCAUCGCACCCAAUGUUACGGUCAUGGUUGGGGAGUUGGUUGGAGCACGACUCAUUGCUCAUGCAGGUUCUCUUUUGAAUUUGGCCAAGCAUGCAGCUUCUACGGUUCAGAUUCUUGGUGCAGAAAAGGCACUUUUCAGGGCACUCAAAUCUAGAAGAGACACCCCUAAAUAUGGGCUCAUUUAUCAUGCUUCUCUUGUAGGACAGACAAGUCCCAAACAUAAAGGAAAGAUUUCUCGAAUGUUGGCAGCCAAAACUGUCUUGGCUAUCCGAUACGAUGCAUUUGGUGAAGAUUCCAGUUCUGCAAUGGGAGUUGAGAACAGAGCCAAAUUAGAGGCCAGACUGAGAAUUUUGGAGGACAGAGGGAUAAGAAAAAUAAGUGGAACAGGAAAGGCAUUAGCAAAAGCAGAAAAGUACGAACACAAAAGUGAAGUGAAGACAUAUGAUCCCUCUGGUGACUCCACACUUCCAACUUGUUCUAAAAAACGAAAAAUAGAAGAGGUGGAUAAAGAGGAUGAAAUUACUGAAAAGAAAGCAAAAAAAGCCAAGAUUAAAAUUAAAGCUGAAGUAGAAGAGGAGGAGGUGGAGGAGGCGGCAGCAGCAGAGGAGGAGGAAGAGGUAGAGGAGGAGCCAUCUGUAAAGAAGAAGAAGAAGAAGGAUAAAAAGAAACACAUCAAGGAGGAGCCACUUUCUGAGGAAGAGCCGUGCACCAGCACAGCAGUUCCUAGUCCAGAGAAAAAGAAGAAAAAGAAAAAAAAGAAAGAAGCUGAGGACUAAUGGAAAGGAACCCUAAUGUCACCUGAACACAUCAUGCUUAAGACUGGGUUGGGGCGUACAGAUGCCGUGUAAAAUAAUGAAGGGAGAUUAAAUCCAAUAGCGAUUAUCUGUAGCUUCUCAAACCUUUUUUGUGUCUUGUCAACAACUGUUAACCUUAGAGUCUUUGAUACAGAAAUAAAAGUAUUUUCUUUGUA